UACUUUCAUGACACUAUGAUUUUGGAAAUACCAUCCAAAGAUUUUAUGAAUUGUGAUUUACAUAAAUGGAAAAAUAUCCUCUUUAUUGAUACAUUUUUUCCGAUGGAAGAAAGAUGUAUGAUUUGGUCAUGGCUAAUAUCCUUAGAAGUUCAAUUUUUCUUAGCAGGUUCUCUAAUUUUACUUUUAGCACAAAUACAUCCAAAAUAUGCAGCAUCAAUAUUUUUUACUCUGCUGAUAUUUUCAAUAAUAGCAUUUUUAAUGCUAGAAUCAGAUCCAUUUUCGUUGUAUUAUGAAAGAGAAUCUCAACAAAAAAUCUGUUUAAAAUUGAAUCUCUUAUUUGAUAAUAUAUGGUUACGAAUUCUACCAUAUUUGCUUGGUAUGUGCUUGGGAUACACAAUUCAAAAAACUGGUGGAAAAUUCAAAUCUAGCAAAACAGUAAUGGUAUUUGGUUGGAUGCUGUGCAUUUUAAUUAUUGGAGUUUAUUUUUUUGGAUUACCAUUAAUUAUUGGGCGCAUUAAUUUAUGGGUUAGAGCAUCGGCAAUUACAAUGUUACAUAUAGCAUGGAAUAUGAUUCUAUGUUGGAUAACACUAUCAAGCCUUUCAGAUUAUGGAGGGUUGUUGAAAGAUUUUCUUAACUCUAAGUUAUUAUUUACUAUUGGAAAAUUUACAAAUACUGUUAUAUUACUGAACCCUUUAAUAAUCCGAACAGUUUUGCUAAGUGGAGAAACAGGAAUUUUACUUUCUGGUGGAUUAGUCAUAAUGAUGUUUAUUGGAUUCACGAUAACAACUUACAUUUUCGCUUUUAUAUUGCAUAUAUUUUUUGAAGCUCCAUUACUUUCAACCUUAAGGGUAGUAUAUCAAUGGCAAAUUAAAUAA